CUACUAAGUGAUCGAUCUCUGCAUUCUCAGUUGGCAAGGUUCUGAGUCACGUGAUUAUCUCGCAUAUGCACAAAUACGCGUCGCGUCUUCGUUUCAACUCCUUCCGUCUUCCCUUAUCCACACAAAUACCGGAGAAUACCCCUUAAAGUUCUAAGACGCUCAGACAAACUUCUAACUGCAAUCAUGCAGAUGCAACGGACGGUAGCGAAUACAGAAGUACAGACAAUAAGCAGCAAGCAGAGUUUGGAGUGUGUUCAGACGUUGCUAAAAGCUGGUCUUGGAUGUAUAGCAUACUUGAGGGGUCUUCUACCAGCCGAGAACUUCGGUGAAUAUCGACUUUCAUCUCAACACAAUGGAAGAGCCUCCAUUUCGUCCGGCUCCUUCUCUUCAGACGCAUCUACCGGACUGAAUAUCAGUGGUGUCACAAUCAUGACCCUUAACCGAGGCUUCACCAAUGAAGGGGAUCGUAUAAUUGACUACCUAGAGAACGGUAUAUUCGAGGCCGUAGACAAGCAAUACCUUCGCAAAGUUAUAUUCGGCAUUUACUUGGACAGUAAAGACCCCAACAACUUGGUGGAGGCUUACACGUUCAAUUUCCAUUACCACAAGCUGCCCGGAAGUGACUCGGCCAUACCUAUCAUGACUCUUGGAGAUGAAAUGUCGAAGAUGUCUCUUGCGCGCUCAGACCCUGUUUCUGAGGCCCUCAAGAAGGGACAGAUGCCGACUCUUGGGGAGGUCAAAAGGAGUGUCAAGGCCAUGAUCAAGUCGCUCAUAACCACCAUUAAUCAGAUGGAAAACCUUCCGAAGAAUCGUUACGGCAAUUUCAAAUUGUUCUUCAACGAAGAUGCCCCAGAUGACUAUCAGCCCCCUCAUUUCCAGGCGGCAGACGCUGAAGCUAAUAGAUGGUUCUUCACUACCCAUGCGGCGGGUGAAGUACCGGAACGAACGAGUAUCGGCAGAGUGAAUGCAGGAUGGCAUGGCGUCGACAUGAAAGUUGUUUCAGUAUCGUCGUAUCUUCCUUCUAUAACUGAAGACAACAAUGCACCAUUCGCGGGUAUCACAUCGCACACAGCUCCGAAAUUGACUCCAGUCGAAGAGGCGAGAAUUAGGGUAGAGGAUGCACAGCUGCAAAAGAAAGAUGCGUUGGAGCGCAACAUCGUCUGGAGCGUAGAUGAAGACGAGGAUGCCGAGGGUGAGAUGGUAAUUGACGAAGGGAUUGUUUUGUCCAGGUUCGGUGGCGACGUGCUUAUGGCCCCCGUCGGCGUACGCAGCGAAGAUGGAGGGGUUCGACCAUUCUCUCAAGUCGAUACUUCGUCGGCCGCUCAUGCACAGUAUGGUGGUAUCUCGGAGUCGACCCCGAUGCGCGUUGGAGACCUGAACAUCAGAAAGGCUGUUCAUAACAUCGAGGGAACCCAACAGAUCCCAGCCACUCAGGAGAUUGUGAUGGGUUCACCAAUACCUGCUCCUAAGGGCCUUUCAUUGCCUGCUUCUGACAUUGCUUCCUCUGCUUCGGCUAUCUCCACUCAAGAGGUUGAUACUCAAUACCUCAAGGAUCUCCUGGGAAUGAGGAAUGAGAUGUCCACGGCGCCUGAUUCAGAGAUGUUGGAUAUGGAGACGCAAACCCUGGAAGCGUCUGUACCAUCCCGCAAUCCAGGCGUCUCUGUUUUACAGAAUCCUCCUCGUAACGGCCAUUCUAAGGGCUCCGAGCGGUUGAAAGAUGAAGGCCAAGUUGAUUGUGACUGCGGGAUAUCGCUUGACGAUGCUUCUCUACUGUGUGAAGGUGGUUGCACCCGUUGGUUCCAUGUCUGGUGCAUGGGAUAUCACGGUGCACGAGACAAGCGCCUCCCUGCUCGAUUUAUUUGCCUUGAUUGUCGUCUCCGCGGAUCACACGAUUGGGACAUCUUCUCGGGGAAGAUUCAUGCUGACAUGAUCGCUCGAUACAAAGACCUAGCCCUCUUCAGGAGGGCCAUCAAGAUUUUUGAGGUGCAUCAGCCCUCCUCGGCGGCACUAUUCAGGGAGCACAUUGGGUGUGACACUGCACUGAUUGGUCAACUUCUGACGAGGCUAGAAGAAGAAGGCUUUAUUGCAGUUGAAAGCAUCGUCUCUGACGAACUAGGCAUUGGCGUUACCCGCUCCCACGCAAAAAAGGGCAAGAAAACUAAAACCAAAAAGCAGAAGGAGCUUCAAAAAACCAAAUACGUCUUCCUCGUCAAGGCAAAACGAUCAAAGGCCUAUUCUGAUUACUUUGACCCACUUCCGGAAGUUGAGAACCGCCUUAUGGGCCUAUCUGAUACGGCGCGACGCAAAUCCAAAGCAGAACAAACUUUAGUGGCGUAGGAUCAUCAUUGUCUCACACUGCCCGAUUGAUUAUGUGCUGACGCCUACACAGUUCGACUGGGGUUGCAGAUUCCAACUUAGGUCCUGAGGUCACGUCACGCCAGGGUUGCUCUGAUGACGAAUCCCAAACUCAAGAAGCGACUCAGAACGUCCUCACGCUGGCGGUUGUCCAUCAAGCCGAAAAACGCAAGGCUGCGACUGAUCUGGCGCGCCGCGGGAAACGGCUCAAGAUAUCAAUUGGCUCAGGCGUCGAUCUUUGCGACUGAAACUUCCCAUGACGCUGCGCUGUGGUCAGUCCUCGUUCAAGUAAAAAUCAUUACCAAAGCCUGUAUAUCGAUGUGCCGCUCCUCGUUGCUCUGAGCUAGUCUUCUUGUUGUGUACUCCCUCUACUGGUUGAGAAUUCUAGGAUCAUUCGAUCGAAUUUGUCCGCUUCCAUGUG